UGCGCGGUGCCGCUCCCUCGGUUCCAGUUCGCCCGGGCGGGCGCGGCGGCGGCGGCGGCGGAGGUGCGGGGCCGGCGCGAUGCGGCGCUACCUGCGCAUCGUGGUGCUGUGCCUGGCCUGCGGCUUCUGCUCGCUCCUCUACGCCUUCAGCCAGCUCGCCGUGUCCCUGGAAGAAGGAGCGGGCGGAGGUGGCGGGAAGCCGCAGGCCAAAGCGGCUUCCUGGCUCGCGGGCGGUGGACGCGGCGCGGCGAGAGGGGCGGGCAACGCGGGCUCCACAGCGCAUCCCGGCGGGGCGGACAGGUAUAGUCUGAAAAUACAGCCUAUUGAGAGCAUGCACCUAGCAGUAGUUGCCUGCGGUGAAAGACUGGAAGAAACUAUCACCAUGUUGAAGUCAGCUAUCAUUUUCAGCAUCAAACCUCUUCAGUUCCAUAUUUUUGCUGAAGAUCAACUACAUGAUAGUUUUAAAGGCAUACUUGACAGCUGGUCAUUUCUACAAACAUUUAACUAUUCAUUAUACCCAAUAACUUUUCCAAGUGAGAAUGCAGCAGAGUGGAAAAAGCUCUUUAAACCAUGUGCUUCCCAGAGAUUGUUCUUGCCUUUAAUCCUGAAAGAAGUUGACUCACUAUUGUAUGUCGACACUGACAUCCUUUUUUUACGACCCGUUGAUGAUAUUUGGUCUUUACUAAAGAAAUUUAAUUCCACACAAAUUGCUGCAAUGGCACCAGAACAUGAAGAGCCUCGAAUAGGAUGGUAUAAUCGCUUUGCCAGACAUCCAUACUAUGGGAAAACUGGAAUAAACUCUGGAGUUAUGUUGAUGAACAUGACUAGAAUGAGAAGGAAGUAUUUCAAGAAUGAUAUGACAACUGUACGACUACAAUGGGGAGAUAUCCUUAUGCCAUUGCUCAAAAAAUACAAACUAAAUAUCACAUGGGGUGAUCAAGAUCUGUUGAAUAUCAUAUUUUUUCAUAAUCCAGAAAGCCUUUUUGUUUUUCCGUGUCAAUGGAAUUACCGACCAGAUCAUUGUAUAUAUGGAAGCAAUUGCCAAGAAGCGGAAGAAGAAGGAAUCUUUAUUCUUCAUGGGAACAGAGGUGUUUACCAUGAUGAUAAACAACCAGCAUUUAGAGCUAUUUACGAAGCACUGAGAAAUUGUUCUUUUGAAGAUGACAACAUCCGUUCCUUAUUGAAACCUUUAGAACUGGAACUGCAAAAGACAGUGCAUACAUACUGUGGAAAAAUUUACAAAAUAUUUAUCAAACAGCUAUCAAAAAGCAUACGAGACCGUUAUGAUAGACCACCAAAGGAAAGGUGAUUCUUGGUGACCACUAAAUCAAAUGAAUUAAAACCACAAAAUCAAAUGUGUGAAGGAAUAGUCUUAGAUGAAGUAUUCAGGAAGGAAUUAUUCAUCUUCAGAAUAAUUAUUUUCCUGAAGAAGUUAAAUAAGCAGUAUAUUCAUGUAAUGAAGAAUAAGUUAAAGUCUUGGACAAGAAGACAUUUUUCAUCUCUGAUGUUUGUAUUGUUAUAUACAGUCAUUCCAGUAUUGAUGAAAAUAUUGAAUGGUUGUAGCCUACAGACUUUGGUUGACUCUUAUUCUCAAGUGAGUAAGAACAGUAGGGGUGUAUGAAUGGAGAAAAUGUACCUCAUACACAGUGGAAACACUCAAACUGUGAGUAUAGCAAUACUUUUAUGUCAGCACUAACCUCACUUUAAAUGUGUGAGAAAAAAGUUGUUUACAGGAGCAGAAAAUAUUCUGUUUGUGAUGUAACCACAAAUGUGAUGUAACCAUUGACAAUCUAUGUGUGCCUUUAUAGAUGUCAUCUCUGUUUUAAAAUCUUUUUUUGUGACAAUCAUGUUUCAAUUUAUUUUUAGAUUGUAAGUAAGCUGCACAUUUAAAAUUGAACUGUAUAAGAAAAGAAGAAAAACUGAAAAUUUUGGAGUUUUAGUCUCUGUGUGUAUGUUUGUAAAAUGUGGCAUUUUUAUUUGUCUUGCCAAAUUCAGAUCUAAGAUUGUUAAACAGAUACUUUUGGGAAAUUUUUUUUAUCAUUUUAAAUGGAAAUUUUCAGCUUUAUUGGGCAUUCUAGAAGCAAGAAAAAAUAUGCUGAUAAUAAAGUGAGAACCUAAAUAGUAUUCUUAUAUGAUGGUGGAAAAUGUGAUGGACCAAAAUGCAUAAGCUAUAUACUUCCCGUGAACAGUAAUUUUAGUUACAGUGAAGCAGAAAAAAGUGAUCCAUUUAAACUUAUUUUCUUCUACCUCAAAAUGACUUUGCAAGUUAUUUUUGAAGAAGCAAAUAUAUAGAGCCUUACUUAAAAUACGUUAGACAACUUUCAUGAAUGAUUUGGAUUAAGAAAAUUGUUACCUCUGAUUAUAGAAAACGUAGUUUUGAUUGGGUUAAUGUGCAUUUUUUCCUUUUUUGGACAUCACUUAAGACAGUUACUUUUUUAAAUGUUGAAAAUACGAAAAAUAUUACUUCUCUUACUGUUCUUGACAGCUGUCUAAUGUAACUAUAGAUUUUGAGUAUUAAGAUGUACUCUGCAGGGGCACAUAUCAUUUUACGAAGUGCUAUAUGAUUAUAGUCUUUUUCUCUUUUUGAUAUUUUAAUGCUUAAAUAGAAUAAGAGAAAUCAUGAAGGAAAAAUAUAACUUAUUUGAAAAUAGUGAUGAUUGGCUUUAUGAAGACCCAGUGCCCUCUGUGGAGACAUGGAAUAUAUCGAAAGAAAUGGUUGUACAGUUGUCUCCUGUCUUUUGUAGUUCAGUCAGGGACACACUGAGAGAAGAAAGUAUAAGAAAGGCAAAUCUGAAGUUGAUAAACAGCCAGCACUCUUAGAUGCGUUUAGAGAGUACAAUCUGUACGUCCUUGGCAGAAUGCCAUAGUGAAUAUAAGAACUUGUGAACUGUGUUGACAUUGAAUUUGCUAAGUAGAAAAUGAGAAUCUGAGAAUUUUAAAGUUUGGAGGGUAUAUAGAAGAUGGUUUCCAACAGUUCCCAAAUAAGUCUGUUGCCUGGCUGUAUUAGACAGUCACAGGGAGCUUGUUGAGAAUGGAUUCCUGGGCUUCACUGUUAGAAGAUUCUGUCUGGUCCACUGUGUCUAGGAUGGGGUCUACAAACAUUUGGAAAUAGUUUGGGAUUUCAUUGGAAAUAAAUUUAACUGGAACUAAUUUUGCCCACUUGAAGGUUGAAGUUCGGAUUUCACAAUUCUUGGCACAGUUGGUGGAUUAUAAUUAUGAUUCUGAAAUAUUAGAGGAAGUACUUUGGGUUAUUGACAAGAUAGGAAUUUAUAUUAUUAGUAAGUUCCUUAGAUUUAAUUUCCUCAGUGAACAGAGAAUUUCAAACCCCUGGGCUCUGAUAUGCUUGAUUGGGACUAUGUAGAAUGUGGUCGUAGUUUAAUCCAACUGGACUGUGUACUGUGGUCUCACAGUGUUGUGGUUUAUUUAGAUUGACAUACAUUCUAUAUCACUGAAAAUUAUUGGAAAAUUCUUCAUCUGGUGUAUUUAGACCUUGCCUAUUGGGCCUUUUACCAUAAAUUGGGUGAUGGUGAAAACUCUCCACUUAGGGACUAUUUUUCCCUUAAAUUUAGGAUAUCACAGAAAGUACAUAACAUUAUUAAUAUGAGUUUUCUGAAUUUAUCUUUAGAUAAGGUAACUUUUUCUAAGGUAACUUAGAAUUCUCAAGAAAUGCAGUUCUUAGCAUUAAUGAGGUUAACUUACAGAACAACUUAGAGAAUAUUAUAUUUCUUUUCGUGAAAAACUAUAUUUAUGCAGUUUAUAUAAAUUACAUUCUAUAUUCUUUGAGUCUAUGUGUUAGAACAAUUCUGACCUCAGAACUGUCUCUGGGCUGCAGUGUUACCAAAGUGGAAUGACUAAAACACAGUCAAACUGCAUUUGUGUGAAGUAGUCAUCGUAAAAGAACUUGGAAACCUUUAGAAAUAUAUAUUGUGAUUUACAUUUUAAGAAAAUACAUUUUUCCCCCCAUGAAGAGUGGUUAGUAAUGUAUAAGAUAACCCAGUUAUCCUUGGACACUUUGGAGCCUGAAACAAUAUUAAUGUGCAUUCACUGUUCUCUCAUCUUGCUUACAGUCAGAUGUUACAGAUGUAAUGGGAAGAAAAUCAGACUGUGAACUAGAUGUGGAUUCUCUUCCUGGUCAGAGACCCCAGGCAUAUCAUUUAACCUUCUCUGUGCCUUGGGUUUGUAAAUAAUCAGUAUGCCCUUCUAACUUCAUGAGACUCAGAAGUCAUGUGUUAUGAAGUUAUGAAGUUCAGAAGCGAUAAAGGAUUGGAAAGCAUUUCACAUGGCUUAUAUCAUGCAACGUCAGCGUUACUGUUGAAGUUCUGUUUUGUCCUGUUACUGCCUGUACAGAUCAUUCUGUUUCCUUAGGCUGAAUGUUUUCUGACAUGUAUUGUAUCUCCAGUACAAAUUUGCUUAUAUUAUGGAAGGAAGAGAAAGCAGAGAAGAAAAGAAUGAUGUAAAUGAAUGAUCAAAAAAGAAGGAAAAGAGAGAAAGUGAGGAAAGAGAAAUAAGAGUGAGAAUGGCAAAAGGCAGAGUAAGAGAAGAGAUGGAAUGAGAGCGGGAAAAUUGAGACAUAGAGAUGGAGAGAAUGGUGUGGAAACAGUCACUUACUGAAUUGUAGCCCCCACCCUGUGCUGCUGUCGCCUGCCUUCUCCUAGUUCAGCGCAAGGCCCUCCAGGGUCAGGGAGGGUGUUGGCUUUCAUGGAAGGGGCAGCAAGGCUACCUUAGACUUGUUGAUGCUAGAGUCAUUUCCCGGUCACUCUGCUCUCUGGUCGUGUAGUGCUAAUGAUUCAACGUUACAUUUUUUUACUGGAUCCCAGUUUGUGAGCUACGACCUCUAGAAACACGGUGACAAGUACCUUCCUUUUUAACGUUGUCGUUGUAGUCAUCGCAAAUGUUGGAUUAUGCACGACUAGCUGUAUAGAAUCACGUGGGAGGUCAGGGUGGAAGGGACAGACUCAUUAGGCCUGAAGGGACCCAAGAAUUUAUUGCAGCGGUUUUCCAAGAUGAUACUGGUAGGAAGCUGGAUUUGGGAAUCAUGGCCCUACCUUGCAUGGCAGCUUAAGCAAUUAAGUCACAGCUGUUGAUUCCUCAAUAGGCGUACUUUCAGCUGAAACAUUAUGAACGGAUUCAUGGGAACAGGAGAGAGCAGAAAUACAUUAAAGGGAAAAACCUUACAAGAUACUAUUCAGUGUCUUGUUUUUCAGAAGUUUAUAUUGUAAGUAAUAAAUACCUUAGUAGUAAUCAGAGCCUCUUUGAGAUGAUUUUAGAAAGACCAUUGAUCUGUAUUUUUUUAAAUAACUUUUUUUGGUUCCUUAGAGUAAAUGGAGAAGGAAAGUAGGGGAGCAAUGUGUCAGGUAUGUGGGGUCAGUUAUCCAUUUAUCAAAUGUAAUUUCAAGUGUCUUAAAACAAAAUUGCCUUUUAAUAUUUAAUAAAGAUUAAAUAAUGAUUUGUACUGUAACAGUUAUCUUUUUAUACACUGCCAAAGCAACCCUUUUUGCCUGUUAGAUUCUGGCUGAACUGUUUUGAUGUUUGUUGUUUCUUAAUUCAUUGAACAUGAACUAGAUUUUUAAAAGUAAGUUAUAAAGUUGUAUAAACUUAAGACAAGUCUAAAAAGUGGUACAAGAAUGUUCUUUUUAAAAAAAAAACUAAAAAUGAAUAUGAUGUUAAUUCAACUAUUUUGCAAUUAUAGUAUCAUGAGAAGAACAUGGAAUAGCAUAUUUGACAAGGCAAUUUAAAGUUGAUUACAAACCAAUUGUCAGACUUAACUUUAAAUGGAAAAUAUGUAUUGUCACCUCAUCUCUCUUACUAACUCAAAAUAUCUAAUGGGAUUAUUUUUUUAGAAUUUUCUGUAAACUCAGUAUUCAAGCAAAAGAGAGCCUUUGAAAAGAUAUGAAAAAGAAAAAAAGAAAAUUUCUCUAACUACUAAUAUUGUGAAUGCUAUUUGGAGGAUCUGUAGUAAGACAUUUUGAUACCAAAUUUAACUGAUUUGGAGUCUUUAAUUAUGUUUAGUUUAUAUAUACAAUCUGAAUAUGUGAGUAUAUUCACACACAUAACACCUGUAAAAAUUGAAAAGAACACAACAGUGUAUAUAGUCCAUUUAAAAAGUAAAUUGACUUUGACUAUGAUGGAAAAUAGCUAUUUUCAACCUUUGUAUAAAAUCUCUUCAGGGAAUAUUGGAAUGUUGUGCAAAAAUAAUUCAGGGUUUGUAGUAUAGCUAUAGAAUAUGUCAUUUAUUCCAAACUUAGCAGGACACACAUGUAUCACAUGCAUUGUUAUCAUUAUUUGAGAGCCGGACCAGUGGUUUUUGAUGGAUGCUGUAAUAGAAGAUCUAUGAAGGAGAUAGUGAUUUGCACCUGUUCCUGAAAUCAGAAACUGGAAAAAGUUGCAGUUUCAAUUUUGCACAAGCAUUUUGCAUAAGUAUAUUAAUAAUUUGAGUAGUAAUGGCUGUAAAACUGUAUCUUGGUGUACCAUGAUAUGCAGAGAUUACUACCUUUAAAUUGCUUUUUACCUUAAAAUGUUACAGCUUUAGGAUAAUUUGGAUAUAAUCCUCCAAGUAUUUUGUGUAUCUUGACGUUUAUAAAGGGGAAUAUACGAUUAUAGAUUCGACUGUUACCUCAGAAUAAUGGAAAGUUGCUUCGUUCUGUUUUUGGGGAAGUUCAACUCUUCUUUUUCUUCAGAAACUGUGUGUUGCUGUUAGUAAAUAAACAUAUA